GGGAGGGAGAAGGCAGCACUGAUUUGCUAGGGCGUGGGAAAGGAUCAGGUGGUAAUUUGGGGAGGUUGAGGUGCAGUCCAAGGAAGACGGCUCAAGAAAGUGGAGGAUUGGCUCAGGCCUCGGCCUAGGCUGUUGGAUGGCCUCUGUUGGAUGCAGACAGAACGGAGGGAGGAGAAGCAGCUUGAAGCAUCAUUAGAUGCACUGCUGAGUCAAGUGGCUGAUCUGAAGAACUCACUGGGGAGUUUCAUUUACAAGUUGGAGAACGAGUAUGACCGGCUGACCUGGCCAUCUGUCCUGGACAGCUUUGCCUUGCUCUCUGGACAGUUGAACACUCUGAACAAGGUCUUGAAGCAUGAAAAGACACCACUGUUCCGUAACCAGGUCAUCAUCCCUCUGGUGUUGUCCCCAGACCGAGACGAAGAUCUCAUGAGACAGACUGAAGGACGGGUACCUGUUUUCAGCCAUGAGGUGGUCCCUGACCAUCUGAGAACCAAGCCUGACCCUGAGGUAGAAGAGCAAGAGAAGCAGCUGACAACGGAUGCUGCCCGCAUUGGUGCUGAUGCAGCUCAGAAGCAAAUCCAGAGUUUGAAUAAAAUGUGCUCAAACCUUCUGGAGAAAAUCAGCAAAGAGGAACGAGAAGCAGAGAGUGGAGGUCUCCGGCCGAACAAGCAGACCUUUAACCCAGCAGAUACCAAUGCGUUAGUGGCAGCUGUGGCCUUUGGGAAGGGGCUGUCUAACUGGAGGCCUUCGGGCAGCAGUGGUCCUGGCCAGCCAGGCCAGCCAGGAGCUGGGACAAUCCUCGCAGGAACCUCAGGAUUACAGCAGGUGCAGAUGGCAGGAGCUCCAAGUCAGCAGCAGCCAAUGCUCAGUGGGGUGCAGAUGGCCCAAGCAGGUCAACCAGGGAAAAUGCCAAGUGGAAUAAAAACCAACAUCAAGUCGGCUUCCAUGCAUCCCUACCAGCGAUAUGCCGCAAUAGAAGCAGUGCUGAGCACUUGACGUGGGUCAUCUCCUUUAAUCUUCACAACAAUCCUACGCAACAGGUACUGUUGUUCACAUUUUAUGGAGGUUCAGCCACUUCCAGUCAGUGCCUGUAUUACAAUGUAAGAUUUAAAUUCAGGCCUUUGGAGUUAGGUGCGACCCCCAAAGCCUUGUAUACCUAACACAGUAAAUGUUUAUUGACUCAACGGAUACUGCCACCCCAAGGGAAGUAGAAAGGCUUCUGAGUUCUUACUGUCUUCCUCGCUUGACUCUGGGUCCUUCGACCUCUCUUCCCCUUCUCACAUUUCUCAUUCACUCUAAUAUUCCACAAAUGUUGUGGAGGGUCAUAUGAGUCUCACAUUGGGCCAGAUGCUAGAGGUACAGAGAACAGCAAGAACUAAAAUAUGGGUUCUUGCUGAGAAGAACUUAUAGUGAGGGAGGGUGCAGAUAAUUUCAUUGCAGUGAGAUUGUGGAAGUGAAGAAAGGGACUGAUUUAUUGCCUGGGAGAGCUGCUUGUAUCUUGUGUUGAGUUAGAAGACAAGGUUUGGAGGGGUGGGGGGAUAUGAAAGAUGCUGAUGUGCUUGGGGAAACAGUUAAAGCAUAGGAUGUGGCCCAGGAGAAUAGCACUGGCAGAAUGGGAGGCUGAGGGCCAGAUCAGGUAGGCCUUCAUGUACAAUGCUAAGAAGUUUGAGCCUUUUGAAUAGGUGAAUUCUUUUGUCAUUUCCUUUCUUUUCUUUUUCUUUUUUCUUUGCCAUUUCCUUUCAAGCGUAGGUACUAAUGGGCUAGAUCAUAGCUGUACUUUGGCUCUGACCUCUUAACUCUAAGACUAACCUUCCACAUAGCUACAUGCCAUCAUUGACGAAUACAUUGUUUCUCCCAAACCACCACCUCUUCUGAAUUCCACGUGCACAUCAUACAAUCCUGUAUGCAGUUAUUAGCACUGUUCCAAAAGCUGCUGGAAAUACAGAUUUCAUCUCGCAGAAACCUAGUCCUCACCUCUGUUUAGUCUAGUUGGUGAGUGUGUGGAGCAGGGAGGGGAGAGCGUGCAGAGCCAGAUACACAGCUAAGUGUACAGAGAGGGUCCAGCUGUCUUGGGGAAAUCUCCAGUGUCUGUUUCUCCAAUCCCCUCAAUUUCCAAACCUUUUUAGGUCAGGGUGCGCUCUUACCUGGUCUCCCACCAGUACCCUCAUUUCAUUGGCUGCCAGAGCGAAGUGAUUGGACUAGACAGUAAACCCCAUGCAGGGACAGCAUCUGCCUUGUUCACUGAUGUGCCACUAGCACUUAACCCUGUCUUGCACAUGGUAGGUGGUUGAUAAAUAUGUGAUGAAUAUUUAACAAUAUAGGUCUGAUUGUAGCCUACUCAAAACUCUUCAGUUUCUCCUCUGCUUCCAGAAUAAAUCAAAAUGGCCUUCAAGACCCAUUCCAUUUAGCCACAGCUGGCUUCACUUUCCUUUUUUUUUCCUUUUACUACCUUGAAGGCUACUGUAGCCAGAGAUUCACUAACUGUUCCUGCCCUAGGCUACUUGUAUUCUCCCACCUCCAGUCCACACAAUCCUCUCAGCAACUCCUAAUGCUAGGCUCAUCCAAGUUUAUGGGCUGGUAGGGAAGGCUUCCCUGCGCAGCCUCCCCCUGGGGCUGAGAUCUCCCCGCUGCCUCGAGUCCGCUCUCCGCACCCACACAGGCUGCCUGCGGCCCACCCCUCCGGUCCCACCCUCUAGAGAGGGAACUCUCUGAGGAGGGGGCUGACCCUGGAACUUUUCCCA